AUGGCAUCGAACAGCAUCUUCGAUUCCUUCCCGACCUACUCGCCAACCUUCAUCCGCGACCCGAGCACCAGCCGCCGCUUCACACCUCCCUCCACGGCCUUCCCCUGCGGCGGCGGCGGCGGCGGCGGCGGCGGCGGCAGCAGCGGCAAGAUGGGCGAGAACAGCGGCGCGCUGAGCGCGCAGGCGGCCGUGGGGCCGGGCGGUCGCGCCCGGCCGGAGGUGCGCUCGAUGGUGGACGUGCUGGCGGACCACGCGGGCGAGCUCGUGCGCACCGACAGCCCCAACUUCCUCUGCUCUGUGCUGCCCUCGCACUGGCGCUGCAACAAGACGUUGCCCGUCGCGUUCAAGGUGGUGGCGCUGGGGGAUGUGCCUGAUGGAACAGUGGUGACCGUGAUGGCCGGCAAUGAUGAGAAUUACUCUGCGGAGCUGCGUAAUGCCUCGGCAGUCAUGAAGAACCAGGUGGCCAGGUUCAACGACCUUCGCUUCGUGGGCCGCAGUGGGCGAGGGAAGAGUUUCACACUGACCAUCACCGUGUUCACCAACCCCACCCAAGUGGCCACCUACCACCGAGCCAUCAAGGUGACCGUGGAUGGACCCCGGGAACCCAGACGGCACCGGCAGAAGCUGGAGGACCAGACCAAGCCAUUCCCUGACCGCUUCGGGGACCUGGAACGGCUGCGCAUGCGCGUGACCCCGAGCACGCCCAGUCCCCGUGGCUCAAUCAGCACCACCAGCCACUAUAGCAGCCAGGCCCAGACCCCCAUCCAAGGCACCUCGGACUUGAACCCUUUCUCCGACCCCCGCCAGUUUGACCGCUCCUUCCCGGCGCUGCAGACGUUCACGGAGAGCCGCUUCCCGGACCCCAGGAUGCAUUACCCGGGCGCCAUGUCGGCCGCCUUCCCCUACAGCGCGACGCCCUCGGGCGGCCUCAGCGUGGCCAGCAUGCCGGCCACCAGCCGCUUCCACCACACCUACCUCCCGCCGCCCUACCCAGGGGCCCCGCAGAACCAGAGCGGGCCUUUCCAGGCCAACCCGUCCCCCUACCACCUCUACUACGGCGCAUCCUCCGGCUCCUACCAGUUCUCCAUGGUGGCCGGCAGCAGCAGCGGGGGCGACCGCUCCCCCACCCGCAUGCUGGCCUCCUGCACCAGCAGCGCGUCUGUCGCCGCCGGCAACCUCAUGAACCCCAGCCUGGGCGGCCAGAGCGACAGCGUGGAGGCGGACGGCAGCCACAGCAACUCCCCCACCGCCCUGAGCACGCCGGGCCGCAUGGACGAAGCCGUGUGGCGGCCCUACUGACCCCCCGCCCUCCCCCGGCUCCAGGCGGACUGCUCCCGACGGAGGCAGGGACCCCGCGAACCUUCCCGGCAAGUGGCUGGCCCGGCUCGGAGGCUUGGGGCAGGAAUGGGACUUAUGCUCCGGGCCAGUCAUGGGCCCAGGGUCCACGAGUCCUGGGGCCCAGAGCUGGUGGGUGGCUCCGAGAGCAUCUAGUCCAGCCACGUCGUUGUACAGAUAGGUAGGGACCUCCCUCAGGCCGCUGCCCUAUAGCUCAGAUCCUCAUCUCAUCCCACGUGCCUGUGGGAAGGUAUCCUCCUGCCACCUCCCCUGGAAUAACCUGGCUGUCCCCAGCCGUGCCCGGUGCUAUCACAGGGCCCAGGUCCCCUGGGGGCAGAGACCAUCUGUUCCAGAGAGAGGUGGCAUUUGCCCACAUGGCCUGCGUCUGACCCACGGGGCCCUGGAAAGACCUCCCCACCCCCUCCCCUUCCUCAGAGACCCUGUUACCCCAUGGGCCCAGCCCUCCCUCAGCAUUUAUGCAAACUGAAUCAGAACUGGAAGGUCUCCCUGCCCCUGAGAGGGUUUCCCCUCAUUGUAUAGAUGGGGACGGGACCCAUCCAGAGGCCCUAGGAAGUCGCUGGCAGAGAUGGGAUGAGAAGACCCCCAAGCCAGUUGCCCCCCGCCCCACCCAGCUCUGCUUCCCUAGAGUUCCUAACAGCUGAAAGCCUCCCACCCUGUCCCAGCUGUCUGCGGGUCCCAAGCCCCAGAGACGAGCCAAUGGUAGCGGGUCCCUAAAACCAGGAAAAACACCUGCAGACAGGUCCUCCGUGCACUUUACCAGCCCAAGGUGUUCACCCUCUCUUCUCUUGGUGGAGGGCCAGGGAUCCCCCUUCCCCCGCCUCCUUGGCUGGUCUCAGAAUUGCCAUUUUUGGAAAGAGCACAGGGACCAGAGAGGUCCUAGCAGAAGGCAUCGGGGUGAGAGGUCACGGGGUCAGAUUUCAGCAACCCUGUCCCACCUCGGUCCAGCCAAGCUGUGCACACCCCCAACCCCCAGGCUUGUGGGCAGGCCCGGCCAGAUCUUCCAGCCUUUGACAGCACUCCAUCUUGAACCAGUCUGUGCUCCAAAAGCAGGCUUGAACAAAAACCAGUUUUUAAAGCUGAUUUUAGAAUAAGAAGCAUCAAACAUUUUCAAACCCACGGUCUCUUAGAGGUAAAGCCCUACAGUAGUGACCAGCAGCCCCUCUGCCUUCAGAGAGUGUGGCAUUGUAAGGCCUUCCGGCGUCCUACCAACUUCCAGCCGAAGGCCCACGUUGGUGGGGACCCAAGGGAACCCCAGGCGACGCUAGAGCUCACGUCUGCGGCUCGCAGACAUUUGCCCAAGAGGAAUUGGAGAGGUGGGGAGCCGCGGCUGCGGGGCGGCGGGACCGAAGGGCUGGCCAGCCUCGGCGCAGCACCCCCUGUCCUCAGGGGGGAGGUGUUGCCCCUUUAGUUUGCAGAUGGGAAAGCAGGACCUGCCCAGGGGUUCAGGCUGCACAGAUGCUCAUGUCUGAGUUUAGUUCUAAAAAGGCACAAGUGGAAAGGACAAGAAGACCCGUAAAGGCUAGACAGCGUGUGGUUUUCAGUCAUCGUUUCAGCCACAUCCUCUGUGGAUGUGACAACCUGCCCUCCGUCCUUGUUGUCUCUGUGAUAGCUCUCGGCCUGCCGUGCCACCCCCGACCUGUAACAGCAACCAGAUGAUGCGCACCGGAUACACACUCCAGCGAGCUAGGAAGUCUUGUGGUGAUCUCACUCAAACCCCUCCUGCUGCAGUUUCUCUGGUCCUGUCCUCACUGGAAAAAGCAGUCUCCAUCUCUUCAAGAUAGCUGCUGGGGUGUCCUGCUGAUUCCCUGCACCCGGGGGGGGGCUCCCCACCCCUUCUCAGGAAGCAGCUACAAAUCCAUUGCCCUGGUACCUCCCUCACGCCUGUUCUCUGUGGUUGCAGACUGGCCCCAGGCCUGCAUGGGAGGCGCCCUGGGGUUCCCAGUGCCCAGCACUUUGUAGCCCCACUCCGGAUUACUAGCCCUUCCUGAUAGCCAAGGCCUGGUAGGGGCAGAGACAGGAAAUAAAUGGAUCUCCUCCCCACCCCACCCCCACCCCCACCACCCCCGCCCCCGCCGACUAAGCGAUGACAGCCAUGCUGAGUCUGGUUUUAAGGCCCAUAGUGGGUACAGACGGCUCAGGCUGCUAGGAAUGGGUCCUUACUUACAAGGCUGCUUUAAAGUUGUCCUCGGCGAACACACUGAUUUAGAAAGCACAAGGAAAC